ACAAAUGAGUGACUCUACUCCCUAUCGUCAGCUAUCUGAAAGCGCCAUGUUUGUGCAUGUGGGAUAAAAAAUUAAUUUUUUCCAUUAAAAUCAGAAAAUUUGCAACUGUUACAACUAACGUCGACAUGUGUUACAACUCACCUUGGUACUGGGUGAGUUGUAACACAGGGAACUGUUUUGGAUUUUGCAAUUUUUCCGUAAAACCUUACAACUGUUUACAUUUUUUAUUUUUUAUUCACAUACUACACAAAACUACCUAUCCAAAAAUACAAAGCUCGUAAAAAUAGGACAAUUUUUGGCUGAGUCAACCUGGAUAAUGUAAAAAUCGUUUCAACUCACCUCGGUCUCCCCUACUUGGGAUUAACCGUAGGGAGGUUAAUGAAAAGCGAGGAACCGAAUUUGUCAUACAGCUUCUCUUUUUCAGGUAAAAAGGUAUCAAAUGUUUCAGGGAUGGAUAUCAAAUCUGAAGAAAUAAAAUUACAGUUCAUAAAGUGAUCAUAAGGUAAAAAGUAUAAAGAUAAAUUUAUAAAAUCGUAUUUGGUGGGUAAAUCAAGAUUAUUGGCAAAAAUUGAUUUCGAGCAAAAUUCAUAUUAGCCAGUGAGUGGAGCCAGUCGCCUGAGGAGAAGUUUCAUUCCUAACCAAAUUUCUACUUUUAUCUAUAUCUAUUAAAAUAUAUAAAAUUAUGAUUGCAUAUUUUUAGUAUUUGUUACAAUAUACUCUUCUUUUAUAUGUAUAUUAAAAUUGUUUUUGUUGUUUUAUAUUUUUAUUUUCAUGAUAUUGUUUUUCAAAGCCGGACGUAAGAAUGUCGGGGAUUUUCGACGCAAAGUGAGGAAACUUCUCACCAUGUAACUGACCGCGAAUACUUGAUUUGAUUUGUUAUUAAUUUUUUAUUUUAAUAAGUCACAGAAAAUAGAAGGUAAUUUUACUUAGAGUGGUCUGUUUUUAAAUUUUAUUAAACAUUUAAAAUAUAAUUUAUAAAAUUUGCUAUUGUUUAAAACAAUUUUAGACUAUUUUAUGAUGGUGCAAUUAUUGUAUUUUAUUUGAAACAGAACUCCUGUUAUUGUUGAUAUUUUAAGAAAAUAUUAUUGUGGCCAGCAUACUGUAACAUUAUUAUGAUUAUUUAGUAAAUCUUAACCAUGUUAUAAUCAUUUGUAACGAAGUGCUUCGUUAUUUACUCUGCUUAAUUUGCAAUGUGUAGGAAAAGCAUUUUCAGAGUUUAGAAAGUCGUUUCCGAGAAGUCGUGACGCGCUUUUCGACGAGUGUCAUAAUUUAGAAAAGUUUUAUUUAGAAAGUUUUUAUUAAUAAAUAGUUGUUCUUCGUUAAUUGUAUGUUUUAAUGUGUUUUGCGUUCAUUGAGGACCGGAGGAGAGUGCCAGAGAGUAGUUAGUGAUGCAUUUGAGCGAGAUAUACGAGAAAUGAGAAGGAAUGAGGAAAUAUCCCAUUGUUUUGUUUUAAAUCUUAUCUCAUCUCAUACAAUCGAGAUUCUCAAAAGAUUAUUAGCACCAGAAAUGUGUGAAGUUGAUGAUUACUGAUGAAUAAAAUUAAUAUAUUUAAAUAUUCAAUCCGAAACAUUUGCAUCGAAUACUCGCAACUACAGCUUUCUCGAAAAACACAAAAUCUCAUCGGGGAAUUCUUCCAAGACGAUGCCGUUAUGCAAAACGGUCAACGAUUCGAUGUUCCGUAGUACUUACAAAAAAUUUUCAAAUGCAACCAGUUAAAACGAUUUUAGCAGGAUUUGGUAGUACUGAGGUAAAUUCACCGGUGGAAUAGUAUUGUGUGUGUGAUGUCGUUUUAAAUGUAGUGUAACUUGUAAACGAUGGGGAACCGAGAUUCCCAGAAAAUAUGACGAGUGAUAAGAAAUGAGAGAAAACCGACAGUGCGCUGCCGGUCGUAUAAUCGUCAACAACCUUUUUGUAUUUCUUCUAAUUAAAACCUGAAUUAAUUAAAUAUAUUGUUCGUUCGUUUUAAACUUCUGGUUUUUAGUGUUUUAUUUUAUUCCCUGACAAAAUAUAAAACUAUACGCUUUGUUUCGCCCUUUAUAUAUUACAGUUUUACUGUAACGUUUUUACUGAACGUAUAGUAACGCUAGAGUGUGAAAACGUGGUUUACGAUCAAGAUGGCGCCAAAUUUGCAGUAAUUAUCUGUAAGUGAACUAAAAGAGAUUUUAAGGAAGUUGGGACUGACGAUUACGGGCAACAAGGCAGAAUUGAUUGCGCGUAUUAUGGAAGUAGAUCCUGACUGGUCUUUGCUCCAAUUGACGAAUGAGAAAAAUACUCAGAAAACUGGUACUAGGAGCAAGGCCGACCAUCAAACAGAAAUAAUUGAUAACGAAGCUCUUAUGCCAGAAUUGGAAGCAGCGCGGGAACAAAUUGAAGAAUUGAGAAAUAUUAAUCAAAGGCAAAAACAACUGGAACGAGAUGAGCAGCUUAGAUUGAUAAGGAAUGAAAGAUUGGAGUUGGCUCGGCAGUUGGAAUUGGCCAAAAUGGAGUUUGCCAAUCUUUCUGGAAGUAAAGAAAAUUCAGUUGCGGACAUAUUGGAUGUUGAAAGACGAGAACGUGACGCAGAAGCCAACGAGUUGGGGGAAAUUCGUUCCCGAAUUGAGACGAUUCGAGGCAGCCAGAGGGGAUCACCAGCACUGGUGGGAAACUCAGCUGUGAUACCAAAAGUGGGGAUAGCAGCUAUUGGCGAGCUUCUGAGUACCUUCGAAGGAAACAGCGGCACAUUCGACAGUUGGGAGAGGCAGGUGAAAAUGCUGAAGUCGACGUACAACUUGGAAGACGAUGCGACUAGAGUCCUAAUUUGUUCAAGGCUGAAAUCUAAAGCAUUAUCAUGGUUCCAUUCAAGACCUGAACACAUUGAAAUGUCUACAGAUCAACUGUUGAGCGAAAUUAGGAAAAUGUUUCACCAUCAGAAUAACAGAAUCCUAUUAAAAAAAGAGUUCGAAGAGCGAAUGUGGAAAAAGGGGGAGACUUUUAGCGAGUACAUCCACGAGAAGACGAUUUUAGCCAACAGGGUGUCGGUUCCAGACGACGAGAGAAUCGAAUACUACGUGGAAGGGAUUCCUGAUAUGAAUUUGCGUAAUCAAGCACGCAUACAGAGAUUCAGGGAUCUUGAAAAUUUGCUCGCAGCAUUUAAAAAAGUCACUAUAAACUCGAAGCAAAGCAGUGAAGGCGACAAACCUCUUAAAACUAGUAAAGAGGAGACGAAGACUGGUGGGAAGGAGGUUCAUGGGCGUUGCUAUAAUUGUAGUAAGUGGGGUCACAUGGCAUCAGACUGAACACAAGAGCUCAGGAAGAAGGGGUCAUGUUUUUCGUGCGGAUCAAGUGAACACAUUAUUAAAGAUUGUCCCAAGCGGGGCAAUAAGAUUUAAGGAAGCAGCAAGGAAAUAGCAUCUAUCGACGAUGGAGAUGAAGAAGACGACUUCAUGAUGACAGCGAGCUACGAGUUUGACAUCAACGAUGAUGUAUUUUGUAUGGAUCUUGUUACGAGGCUUGAUAGUGGACGCCCAAUAAGCUUUAUAAAGGGAAAAUUUGUAAAUUCUUUUGUAAAGUUAAAUAAAGAUAUAGAAAAUUUUAGUUUCGCCGGGAUAAAUGAUUCUAAAUUGGGGAUUUUAAUUUUUUUUUAUUUAUUUAUUUUUUUUAAUGGGGAUUUUAAAUGCUAGAGCGAAUCUUAGUGGGAAAGUUAGAGAUUUAAAAUUGUAUGUAGUAGAUGAUAACACUAUGACGGCAUCAGUGGUAAUGGGCCGAGAUGCAUUGAGAAAAUUCGGUUUAAAAUUAACAGAGAGUGAUAAUUGUAUUGAGACUGUAACUAGAGAAAUUUUAAGCAUUGAAAUUGAUACUCAAGAAACUUCAAGUGUUGAUCGUCUUAUUAUUGGCAAAGAUAUCUCAGAAAAAGAUCGCGAGCGUGUAAAAUCUAUUUUCUUAGAAUAUUAUGAAAAACCCGAAAGGCCGGAAAAGCCCAAUGUCGACGCGGAACUUAAAAUUAUUCUUAGAGACGAAAAACCAUUUCAAUUUCGUCCAAUUCGUUUGUCAUAUGAAGAGAAAAUUAAAUUGAGAAAAAUUUUAGAUACAUUGUUAGCUCAAAAACGAAUUCGUCCGAGUGAUGCUGAAUUUGCGUCUAGAAUCGUGCUAGUUAAAAAGAAAAAUGGAGAGAUAAGGAUGUGUACAGAUUAUCGCGCGUUAAAUAAAAAUAUUAUUAAAGACAACUAUCCAUUGCCUCUAAUGGAGGAUUUGCUCAAUGUGCUUAGUGGUAAAAUAAUAUUUAGUCGAAUAAAUUUGAAAGACGCGUUUUAUCAUAUAUCGAUAGCGGAAGAAUCUCGAAAGUACACAUCGUUUGUCACUCCAUUUGGACAAUUUGAAUAUUUAUGUAUGCCUUUUGGUCUGAAGACAGCACCAUCUCGAUUCCAAAAAUUUGUCAAUACAGUUUUGAAAGAUCUUAUCGCGGCUGGCGACAUUGUAGUGUAUAUGGAUGACAUUUUGAUCGCGACAGUAGAUAUUGAACACCAUUUUUCAGUAUUGAAAAAGUUAUUUAAAUUGUUUGUUGGAAAUAAAAUGGAGAUACGGUUGGAUAAAUGCGAGUUUCUUAUAAAAGAAGUUGAAUUUUUGGGGUACGUUAUCUGUGAGGAGGGGAUAAAACACACAAAAAGUGGAAUCGCGGCAGUUUCUGAAUUUCCAAUACCCAAAGACGUUAAAGAUGUCCGAAGCUUUCUGGGCAUUGCGCAAUACUUUCGUAAAUAUAUCCCAGUAAAAAAAAUUCGAUACACGGACCCCGG